AUGGAGAUGCCUUUCCUUUCAGGCUUCACAACCACCAGGCCGAAAUCGGAUUCAAGUCGCGAUUCCGAACAUCCGGAUCAUGAAUCUACAAACAAUCUUCAUCAUCAGGGUUCGUCACUCGACAGGAUCGUCCUGAUCAACCCGGUGACGCAAGGAAUGGUGGUGAUUGGAGGUGGCGCUACUAGGUUUCGAAUCCUUGAUGAACGAUCUGAUGAGGAAGGACGGCCAGCCACCAACGCCUCAAACGUUGAUCAACGCCAUGCCGAUUGUGGAGAUAAAAGUCGGCAAUGGAAGCCAGCUCCGACCUUCCUCUUCGAGAUUAUGAACGAUGGCGAUGAUGAACUUUGGUACAAAGAAGAUUGUUGA